AUGAAUAUUGAACUUCAACUAGCUUUGGCAUCGUCUCAUCGCAAUUGGACCUCUAAAGAAAUCCAAGACACGUUCUUCAAAUGCACGAAGUGGCAGUUUGAAGCAACCAUGGAUCCAGUCAAUUGUCCUUUUCAUUAUUUUUGUGAAAGCACCUAUCCGGGAGAUUAUUCUUCAAUUGUUGAUUUCGCAACACUUGUUAUAACGAUGAUUUCUUAUCUUGGGGCGUUGUUGGUUACAACAAUGGGCAUAUAUCGGGCAUCUCAAGAAAGUGUUUUUCGAUAUUUAAUCCCUUCUGGUCCUUUAUUCCUCCCGAUAAACCUCCUCGUGCUCGCCAAUGGCCAGAGGAUUAACACGACAUUCCCACUUUACAUUGUCGGCCCUUUUAUACUUCUGUUAAUUCAAAUAUCUUCUCUCGUGUUUGAUAGCGAGGACAAAGAGAAUGUAGUCAAGUAUGUUUUCUUCAAAGUCUCAACUAUAUCCGGGAUUUUGCAUGUUGGUUUGCACUUGGACACAAUUACAUUACCUUAUUAUACGGGUUUGGAUGCAUUGGUUUCCUCCACUUUUUCGGGCGAGUGUCCAUCUUGUGUUUGUAGGAAAGAAGAGUUGAUUGUUGGUGGGAAAGUGAUCUCUUAUAGAGGAUUAUCGGUUACUAUGUUUGUUCUUGUUGCAUGUCUUUGUUUAAAGAUCUUAUACAAAAUGUCUAAUCAAAGUCACAAGAAUGUAGCUAUUAUGAAGCUUUUGUUGGAGAAAUUAGUUUGGUUAUGUAUUAGUGUGGAUUGUGUUAGUGUCAUUAAGCAAUUUUCUCUUGAAAGGUCUUUUUUACAUGUUGCAACAUCUACAUGUCUUUCUUUGUUGAUUUGCCUCCAUUUUGUGCAAAAUAUAUGUAAGUUUCUUAUUCAAUGGUUUCAUUGUUUUUAA